AUGGAUCGAGAGAGCUGUAUCAGCGAUGAAGCAAGCAAACAACUUCAUAGCGAGCUGCAACAAGGCUCGGAUAGUCCCUGUGUCGCAGAUCAGCAGUCGCAGCAGACCGUUUCCUUCGGAAUCUCCCCGUCUUACGUGAAAGACUGGGAUACUACCGACGCCUUCCGCGAGCUAUACCAAAACUGGAAAGAUGCCAUUCUGGAAAGAUUCCAGCUCGACCGACGAGACUUCAAGCUACACUUCGAAGACGGCAAAGAUCACUUCUCCAUCAUAGGUUCUUCGGCCUCAGGCGAUCACGCCGAUCUCCAAGCUCGAGGAUUAAUCCAAAACGAGAAAAAGACCGGCCGAGUCAUCCUCACCAAUGCAUCCACGCAACUGCCCGUUGAGUCUCUCAUCAUGGGACACACGACCAAAGCUGGAGACCAGAGGCUGAGUAGCUCGCAUGGAGAGGGCCUCAAACUGGCUGCCUUGGUCAUGAAUCGACACCAAUACAAGAUGAGCAUCGCCGCAAGCCACUGCAAUUGGAAUUUCGGGUUGCAUGGGCCGCAGCAGUCCCUUCGCUGCGUCAUCAUGACUGCCUGCAAGCCGAAUCUCAUCGAACAGCGAGAGACAGUGGACGAUAUGGCUGACUUGCACUCUCGCAUCGAACGAGAUGUCGCAGUGGUCAUUGGGGCCGGUCGCGGCCAUCAAAGUCGACCGGUGUCACCCAAGACCUUCCUGCGAUGGCUUCGGGUCACUCUCGACAUCCACCAACUGACCUCACCCUCAUCUAUGAUUCCGACGCCCCAGGGAGAUUUACUUCUAGAUGCGAAGUUUUCUGGCAAGCUAUUCCUGCAUGGAGUACGACUCUCCAUGCCUACCGUGGGCGGCAAGGUCUUCAAGUUUGGCUACAACUUCGCCUUCGGAAAAUUUAGCCGGGACCGACAGCGAAUGAUCAGUUGCUUCGAGUUAGCUGACUUGGUGCGGCAAAUCUGGGAGCAUGCACUAUCUCUGCAUGAGGGGCUUCUCCUCCCCUCCUAUAUCGACCUUCUCCGCAACUAUGCGCACCUUGGCGAUGUUGACAAAGCGGAGAUACUUCUGGAGCCAUCGACCAAGACCCGCAUUUGGGAGCACCUCGUGCAUGCUUCAAGGGAUAAGCUUUUCUUUUACAGUGCAGAAACAAAUUCGCAGACCGUGGAUGCGAUCCGAAAAUGCACCGGCAGAAAGCCGACCACACUUCCGAAGAGUUUCUGGCAGCUCCUUCGCUCCGCGUCACCAAUCCGGACGAUCGAGGAGGAGCAACAGCGACUUUGCAGGAAUGCGAAGGCCCGUGCCUUGCCCGGGCCUGCUUUGAAAGCCCCAAGCAAAAUGAAAGUCGUUUACGUCGACAACUUGACGGGGAGACUCGAUGUCCUCUACCACGCUGCCGAAGGUACGUUGAGCAUUCCACAUCAACGGUGGGAUUUUGACAGUAUGGACCAGAGGGGGUUAUGCCGGGAUCUGGUUCCAACAACCGUGGGUGGACAAUAUGCACCCUUUUCAUGGAGAGACGUUGUGGAGGAGUUACUGGUUCUCUCUAUACCUUCACUCUGUACAGCAUCCCCCAUGUCACGGAUCACAGAGAUCCGGUACAUGCGCCAAGUCAGACGCCUGCUUCAAUGGUUCCCGCAUAACAUCCAAAUCAGCCUUCAUGCUGGCAGUCUGCUGGUCACCUGGGAAGACAAUGAAGCGGAAACGAUCCAAAGAUUCCAUGAAGGUGGGCCAGAAUACAAAGUCAUUCUUCAUGCGGAGCACUGCGGCGCUGAAGCGGAGCUCCUUCAUCCCGAAGCGGGUAAGUCUACUCCACCAAAUAUAUGA